AAUCACGUGAAAACGGUCACGUCACAUAUCCUUUCCUGUUUUGGUCGAGGAACUGCGUUUUCGACCUGGACCAAUCCUUUUCGCAUGCCUGAGCUUCCCCCCGAAAUUGUGGAUACAGUCAUCGACCAUCUACAUGACGACAAGGCUGCUCUUGAGGCCUGUGCUCUCGUUUGCAAGAGCUGGUCGGUAUCGAGCAGGUACCAUUUGUUCGACGAACACGGUGUUUCUGUGAAGCCCAGCAACAUUCAGGAUUUUUUAUCCGACAUCUCCCACUCUCACUCGCUCUUGAGGGAGCACUUGAGACGCCUCACUCUGCGGACAGAAUUCACAUUCGGGCCAUCACAUACCAUUGGGUGGAACGAUGUAUCCGUGUCGCUGCCUUAUCUUCCCAAACUCACCUCUCUGCAUUUCCAUUCCCAAACUCAGCACAUACAGUUUUCCUACCGUGUUAUACCCUUCAUAAUCUCAAAUAGAACACUCCAAAACAUCACCCAUUUAGAGGUCGUCAGGACAUCGGUUCAAGCGGCUGAGGAUAUCAUAUCCCUGAUUUCUCUAUUCCCCAGAUUGCAGGAGGCUCAAUUUUCUCGUGUCCAUUGGCGGAGCUGUUCUUCGCUAAACUCCUUACAUGGCCCCGCUUUUCCCUUGCUCAAGCACCUGGGCCUGUCCCACGUCCGGAGUCCCGGUGAGCUGAUAAGUUGCCUUUCUCGCCUGGACCCUGUCCCCCUGUUACCCCGCGUCGAUGUGGGGCAUAUCGAUACCCCAGAUACACCCUCUGUCAACCGAUACCUGCGGACCCUGGGACCCUUCCUCGACACGUUUUGUGUCGGCCUCAAUGACGGAAAUAACACGACCCUUGACUUGAGUCGGAACACAUCGCUGCGCUGUUUACGUCUCCUCGAAUGCGAACAUGUAGACCCGGCCUCGAAUUUGGCGAGAGUUUUGCGGAACGUCAAAUCCACCCAUCUGGAAAUCAUCGCUUUGGACAUUCAACGCUGGUAUUUGAGCAGUACGGCAGCGGAUUGGGAGGCAUUGGACCAAUAUCUGUUAGAGCUGUGGGAUAUGCUGCGGCUCAGGGCUGUAUAUAUCGUAACUGUGGGAUUCGCUGACUUUUCACGGAAGCUACCACGUUGUGAGGGACAGAUUAUCUUGCGUGUCAAGACCUCUGCUCAAAUUUGGGCCUGCUUCUGAUUUACUGUAACCCGCUAGGUUCCAUCUGAGCGAUCGGUUCGGCGCUCAAGUCAACUCGUCUAACCAUACGUACAAUACAUUGGGCGUGUGUCGGUUCCGAAUAUUCCGCGGAGAAACAUACACAUGUCCUACGGAACUCGACAUGAUGAUUAUCAGCUACGUGUGCUCCAGU